UUCCUGCUGUGUGAAGUUUACAUUCUAGCAUGGGAGAUAGACAAGAAACAGAAAUCUUGGUAAACUAAGUUUGCUUGUUGAUGUCAAUAAAAACUAGAAAUACCAUACCAAAUAUAUAUCUGGACCAAAGGGGAGAAGAGAAGGACAAUUUUCAUAAAUUAAACUAUCUGAAAUGUGGUGCCUUCUCACAGUGAUGUAUUUCAUCUUAAUUAUUGGAACUACUCAUGAUGUCUUUCGAAAGAGAAAAUCUGGGAACCCUGAAGCAAAUAUGAAUAUUAGUCAAAUUAUUUCCUACUGGGGCUAUCCCAAUGAAGAGUAUAAUGUUGUAACUGAAGAUGGUUAUAUUCUUGGCCUUUACAGAAUUCCUUAUGGGAAGACAAACAAUAAUAACAAUUCAGCUCAAAGGAUUGUUGUAUACUUGCAGCAUGGUUUGCUUACGUCUGCCAGCAGCUGGGUUUCCAACCUUCCCAACAAUAGCCUGGGCUUCAUUCUGGCAGAUGCUGGGUAUGAUGUAUGGAUGGGGAACAGCAGAGGAAACACCUGGUCCAAGAAACAUGUGUACCUAAAAACAAACUCCAAAGAAUUCUGGGCUUUCAGUUUUGAUGAGAUGGCUAAAUAUGACCUUCCUGCCUCCAUUGAUUUCAUUGUGAAGCAAACUGGACAAGAGGAAAUAUUUUAUGUAGGCCAUUCGCAGGGCACUACUAUUGCUUUCAUAGCAUUUUCCACCAUGCCGAAAAUAGCUGAAAGAAUCAAAAUAUUUUUUGCCUUAGCACCAGUUUUUUCCAUUAAGUACUCAAAAAGCCCUCUAAUUAAAGUGGCAUACAAGUCAAAGUCAAUUAUCAAGGUAUUUUCUGGCAACAAAGACUUCUUACCUAAAACAGCAUUUAACAAAUUCAUUGGUUCAAAGUUGUGUCCACUACAGAUUUUUCAUAAGAUUUGCCUUGAUAUCUUGUUUAUGAUGUUUGGAUAUGACCUGAAAAACUUAAAUAUGAGUCGUUUGGAUGUGUAUAUUUCACACAACCCAGCAGGGACAUCUGUUCAAAAUAUGCUUCACUGGAGUCAGCUUUUAAAUUCAACUCAAUUGAAAGCUUUUGACUGGGGAAGUCCUGUUCUGAACUUGGUUCAUUUUAAUCAGACAACUUCUCCAUUGUACAAUGUGACAAAUAUGAAUGUGCCAACUGCAACUUGGAAUGGGGAAAGCGACUUGUUGGCUGACCCUGAAGAUGUUAACAUUUUACAUUCUGAAAUCACAAACCACAUUUACCACAAAACUAUUUCAUACUACAAUCAUAUAGACUUUCUGUUUGGAUUAGAUGCCUAUCAUCAAGUUUACCGUGAAAUCAUUGAUAUUAUGCAAGACAAUUUAUAAAGAACCAUGGUACUCUAUGUUUAAGGAUCUGUCUCACUGCUAUUAAAUCCAA